UUAUUAUGUUUGUUCUAUUAUUGCAAAUGAAAUUCUCAAGGAGAUUCCACACUGAAUUUUUCAUUAGAUGCAACAUCAAAAUCCGACCAUGGGCCAUUUUAAUCGUAAUUGCAAAAACAGAAUUAAUAUUUUAUUUUAUUAUUCAUGAUGAUUGAAACAAAAAAAAAAGUUUAAUGAAAUGGAUUUUUAAAAAAUUGAAACAAAAUAAAGAUAAAUUUUCUUUCAAUUACCUACACAAAGUAAAGAUAAUAGAGCAUAUUAAAUACGCAACAAUUAAUUACUCAGUCAAAUGACGUUGACAGUCUUAGUUUUACCUCACUCUCUUAAGUUAUCAGUAUGCUGAUUGUGCUAUCCGAAAGCAUUUAUAUGCGACUCAAGAGCAAAUUUGAGUAUUUCAACAUAGUGAAGAAACUGUUUGUCAAUUUGAAAAUUAUUUGAUAUUAUUUUAUUGACAUAAUAUUUUAUACUUUACUGAACCAACUUCUGGAAAAAGUAUGGAUUAAGAAGUAAAAAUAGCAAGACCAAUGUGGAUAAAUCUUUGGAAAAAAUGUGACAACAAUGUGAUUAAGUAAAUAGUUGGUUUUUUAAGAAAAUGGGAUGUUCUCUCAGUGGAAUAUUUACACGGAUUAAAUAUAAAAAAAAAUUGGAAGCAGAGCAAGGAUUAAUGCUUAAGAGUGACAAUGGAGAUCUGGUUAAAAUGCACGAGCUUGAUUUUUGGAAAGAAAAAUCAUUCGUUGGAUCACCUAUAUUCUUAGGUGAUGAUGAUAUGGAACAUUCAACAGCUAAAGGGCCGCAAGAUUUUAAUUCAACUCUGUCAAUCACUACUCCGUCUCAAGUAGUCAAGGUUUUAUUAGUAUUUCCCAGAGACGAUCAACAAUUAGAAGUCCUUAGUACUGUAAUAAGAAAAUUAGGAUGGAGUGUUUCGAUAGCAAAGAAUGCAGAAAAAGCAGCAGAGCUUUUCCAAAAUCGGUGCCACGAUCUUGUAAUAAUCGACCGUCGUGGUCAUCGAGCAUCGGAUGGCGAUACUGUGUGCCGAGCUAUUCAAGCAACAAACUAUCAUCAUAGUAGUGUAAUUCUAGCAUUGGUUAAAAAAUCACUUUUUACAAUUUCUGAUAAUGACGAGAUAGGAACAUUAGAUCUACUCAAUAUUGGUUACAGCAGAGCAAUGAUGGAGUGUUCACAUGAAGUAAUGUUGAGUAAUCAAUUAAUUGGGAUAUAUGCAAGUGAAAUUCAACCGAGAAUGCAGCUUGCUGCUGCCCAUGCACUUUAUGUUGCUGUUGAUAGAUGUCGAGAUAUGGUUCAUGUUACUGAUGAUCAACAUGUUGUUCGUUUUGUCAACAAAGCCAGUGAAAGGUUAUUAGGCUAUAAAUACGAUGAAAUGUUGGGAAGGAAUCUCUCAGAAAUAAUUAAUUGUGAAAAUUUUGUGUUGAUGGAUCAACAACUCCAACGAGGUCGAGAGUUCGAAGGCAAUAUGAAUUGUAGGAGGAAAUAUAAUGAUACUAUUACAAUCAACUGUAGAAUUGUGCCCUUUUGUGCUUCGGGAAAAAAGCCAACUCAUUAUGUGUAUGUUCAUGACACCAUGUAUUUAUUAGAAAAUAUGGGAUCAAGUGGAAUAACUUUAGGUGGACAUCCACGAGGAAGCUUGCAUUCUCUUCGUAGAGGUUCUUUUGAUGUAAAAUCAGUCGGUAGUGAUAUCGGAACUCAGAGAAGAUCUAGUCUACAGAAGCUAAAUAAUCUACCUUUGGAAGCACCGAUAACAAAAGUGAUGACACUUUUAACAAAUGCUAUGACUGAAAUUGCAGGAAUUAAUCCAGAAAUGGCAAUGCAAAUUGAUAAGGCAAUAGAGACACUGAAAACAACAGAACUUUAUAGACCUUAUCUAAAGGAAGACACGAAAAUCUAUAAUGAUCCAGUAGCAUCAGAUCUCGUGGAAGCACUUUUAUCAAAAAAUUGUUACUAUAUUCGUGAUUCAAGAAGAUCAUCAAAUGAUUCUACUCGCAGUGUUGCAAUGAGAAUUGGUCACUCAAUAGCACCAAGAAUACAAAUUAAAAAUUCAGAAGGUCCGAAAGAAAUUGAAGAACUAUUAGAUCGUAGUCUUGAUUGGGAUUUUGAUAUUUUUAGUUUAGAAGUAUUAUCUGAGAGAAGGCCUCUAGUACAUUUAGGAAUGAACAUAAUGUGCCGAUACCAAGUUCCAGCAAGAUUAAAUUGUGAUGAAACGACAUUGCAUAAUUGGUUGGCUGUAAUCGAAUAUAAAUAUCAUCUUGAAAAUAGUUAUCAUAAUUCUACUCAUGCUGCUGAUGUAUUACAAGCAACUGCAAGAUUUAUGCAGUCAGAAAGAUUACAAAUGGUGCUAGAACCUUUAGAUGAAGUUGCUGCUUUGAUAGCAGCUGCUGCUCAUGAUGUAGAUCAUCCUGGGAAAUCAAGUCAAUUUUUAUGUAAUUCAGACAAUAAAUUAGCUGUUUUGUACAAUGACCUAUCAGUUCUUGAGUCUCAUCAUGCUGCUAUGACGUUCAAACUAACUCUAGCAGAUGACAGUGUUAAUAUAUUUAAGAAUUUGGAGAGAGAAACGUACAGAGUCAUACGACAAAAUAUUAUUGAUAUGAUUUUGGCAACUGAAAUGACAAAACACUUUGAGAAUCUAGCUAAAUUUGUUAAUGUUUGUUCAGAUCGAGGCAGUGAUGAGUAUUUUGAAGGACCUGAUAUGGCAACAAUUUUGCAACCUGAGAAUGUAACUCUUAUCAAAAUCAUGAUGAUUAAAUGUGCCGAUGUAUCAAAUCCUACUCGUCCUUUGAGGUGCUGCAUUGAAUGGGCUAAAAGGAUUGCUGAAGAAUAUUUUAGUCAAACUGAUGAAGAGAAGAAGAGAAAGAUGCCAGUAGUAAUGCCAAUGUUUGACCGUAAUACUUGCUCUAUUCCAAAAUCUCAAAUCGGAUUCGUGGAUUAUAUUAUUAAUGAUAUGAUCGUAGCGUGGGAUGCUUUCAUUGAUAUGCCAGAACUAGUGACUCAUAUGAAACAUAAUUAUGAAAAAUGGAAAGAGUACCAUGAGAAAGGAAUAUCAACGAUAAAUGAUAUUGAGAGGAUACAGUCUUCUCCAGAAUUAAAAAUACCAGCAGUAUCUGAUCCACGGUGA